GCUCAUAGGAGGAGCCCUGCAAUGAUCAAAGUUUUAUAAUGUCAAAAAGCGGCCGGCUGAAGCAAGCAUGCCUGCAUGCUUUGUUGUGAUAUAUUAGGGCUAGGCUAGCUGCUAUAGUAGACACAUAGGCUGCUACUUAAAGAAGAGAGAGCAAGCUGUUGAGGAGACGUUUUAAUUUAUAUAUCUGCUGCACACUGAGUGAUAUCCCCUGGCAACCCACGACUCCACAGAGCGCUGUGUUUGUUGCUGAGUAGAGGUUUGAAUGGAAUCACAGGAGCCACUAAAUAUCACACCAGAUGAAUAGAGCAUGGUAUACUCCUCAAGUUAUGAACUUCUAGAGUGAAUAAAAUUUUGAUAUAUCGUAUGCAGUGAAAAUCAAUCAAGAAUAUGUCAGAACACGUCACCAAUGGCAACCUCGUCACAGUGUCUCGUAACCUUGGUAAUGGGGUCAAGAAUGCAAUCAAACGUCUCUCAGAGGCCAGUAGUGGAGGGGAUUCCCCUGACCAAUCACAGUGGAGCUCUCCCGACCACGUUCUACAAAAUCAAAGAAUUCAUCCGCAAAUAAGUAUUGAACAUUUUGAUCAUGAUACGGAAACAAGUUCCAAAGAGAGCACACCAUGUCCGGAACCACUAUCCCCUAGGGAGCAGCCAAAUGUCAAAAACAAAAAAUGCAAAUCACAUUCAUUACCUGCGGGAUUGUUACUCGACGAAAGCUUCCGAAAUAGUGAUGAAAUGAUCUCCGACCUUUCCGACGAUUUAGAGACCACUAUAGAACUCGACUCAUCGCUAGAUUUCGACAAAGACCAUCUCGCUGUAACUAUAGUGACAUCACCAACAGUCAAACGGCUGAGCCCAGUGUUGAAGAAACCGCUAAAGCACACAGACAGUGGCAAUAGUACGCACUCAAUCAUGGAGUCCGAUAUGAGCUCCGAUGAAGAGAACUAUUUGGGAGGCAACAAAGAAGGUAUGGACGAUGAAGUGUUUAACGAGGCAGGGUAUGCCAAGAUUUUCGACACUGAUUUGAAACUGAUUGCAUGGGCUGAUAAAGAAUUUGUGCCGUCGUGUCAAGCACUGUUGCAGUAUUGCUCGGCGGGCUGCGAAAAAUCGGAACAGAUUAAAACCCAAUUAAAGGACUUGUCCAACAGGAUUAUCUAUUUCAGUAGCGAGCAACAACGACUGAGUGUGCAGCUACGAUCACUGAACCUCCGCGGUGGUAUCACAGCUUCUCUGAGCACCGACCAAUUCAACCGAUUCAGCACAAUGACAGAGAAAUCAUCGUCGAGUGGCCACACCCACCAACCCACCUCCCCCGACUCCUCCGGGUCCCCUUCUGUGAGCGGACGCGAGAGCGGAGAAUCACAGUACGAUCAUCGUAACUACGCCGUCAAAGUUCUGAGGAGCGUAUCACAAGAACUCAUUGAACCGUUGCUAAGAGACGCGGCAGACUUUGGAUUUGCAGCCGAGCUGUACCAAGCAAUCGUACAAGCUAUACAGAAAAUAGCGUGGAAAGUAGAAGCGUGUCUUUCGUUCAAUGACCCCACGAAACAAUUUCUUAUUUAUCACAAUAUCUUCACGACCUCCGUGACGGAGAGAGUUCAGGGUAUGAUGAUUCGUGCCGCCCCCUCCACUAAUCACACCAGGCACAGCAAUAACGCCUCAGGCUCUAUAUCGGAGGAGACUUCUUCGCAGCUGCAGCAGAGCAACUCCAUAGAAACGAUCGACCCACAGAGAGUCAUAAAGAGAACUCCCAGCGGACGUAUUCGACCGAGCGGAACCGUGUUCAACUCUGACACCAUACCGGAUGAUUUCAAAGUGGGCGUGGACAACGGCGAUACCAGCCCCAUACCCACCAUCCACGAGUCCACCAAGGGAACACCCACUGCUAACUCUGCCGAAACCACACCCAAAGUGUUUCGAUCGAGAACGGCAACAGCUGGAGACACAGAUUCUAUGGGCUCCUGGAAGAGCAGGCCUCUCUCUUCCAAAUACGGUAGUAAUCCUUUCCUCGACGAAUAUGGUUUUCCUAUGCCAGUGGACUCCGCUCCCGAUUAUUUACGGCCGACAAAACCACGGCGAACAACUGUAUCGUUGUCUCGUAACGAAGUCACUAGUCUCGGGCUUACCGUGGCCAAACGUGUGGACGAGACCAUCAUCUCAGACAUGUCCAGUCCGUUGCUAAGGGAACGUCCCUCUAAUAACAAGGAGGAGGAACAAAGAGUGAGAGAAAGACUACACGCAAAACUGACCGAAACGUUUAAAAAAAUCCGAGAAGCCACUCCCACUCCACAAUGUCCCUACAAUCGCAACAAAAGUGCUAGUAUGUCCGAUAUCCUUGACGAUGCCCCGCCCACCUUACUGAGACGCCAUGACAGCGAGACUCGGAAACAAUCCCUGGACGUAGAAGAUGCUGUUAGUACGGGAGGGUAUUCCCCCACCUUCACGCGUAGUUUCAUCACCCUCCCCCCUCAGACAUGUGAUGAUUGGGUGUAUCUAAACGAGCCAGCUGUGGACGUUCGUGUGUCUAGGGACAGUCCAACGAAGAAAGUAAAGAGCCCUCCUAAAUCGGGCAAAGAGAAGAAAGUAAAGAAGCAACGCAAAGGAAGUGAGAAGAAAGAAACUGAAAAGAAGAAGUCUGCUGACAACAAGAUCAGUACGUCUGGUCGCUUCACUGUGUCCCUGCGUAAGACUGCACAAGCCCUGAGGCGUAUGUCCACAUCUGUGCCAAAGUCCCGGGACAGCAUGACGACAGCAGUGGAGGUGGGAUCAAUGGAAAUGCUCUCUGAAACUAGCAAGGAUCCGAGCAGUCGACCAAUCAGCUCGCUCAGUGAGCCCGCCUCCCCUAUAACAAAGUCUCGUGUACACACAAUGCCAAGCAACAAACGCAAGAUCACCACUUUUUUCAAAAGUGGGAAACCACAGUCCAAGAGUUUCAGUAAAGCCGACACCCUCGCACGAAAGCGCAAAGUUCAGAAGUCAGGGUUCUUAGCGGGUUACCAAGACCCCGGCUCGGGUGUUGGGUUCGGAGAGUCCAUUGACCUUCAGUACUCGGAGCAAGUGGACCUGGAGUUAUCAGCCGUACAGGGGGAGGCUGAGAAGGAGCUAUUGGUCACGGUGGGUGUGGCCGGGAAACAGCCGACAAAGGGGAAAAAGCUCUCUACAAGCAAUGGAUGGUUCGAGAUCACCGUGACAACCAACAUCAAACAGUUUGGUCGGAAUCACUACACCAUCCUGAGAACGGUCAAACAAGCUCAAAACCUGUUUGACGAGUUGCAGACCUCCCACUCUCUCAAGUUCCCCGAGCGUCCAGACAAGAAGAAGGACUCUCGUAAGCAGAGUCAGCAAAUUGAGGACUUCCUGAGGUUUGUGUCUGGCAGCUCCCACCUCCGAGAGAGCACCCCCCUCGUCAUGUUCCUCAUGCCAGAUGACCAGUUCGGGACUUUCACUGACAACGGCUCAGAAGUUAACUUUGAACUCAUCAUGACCUUCUAUACUCCGGACCACUAUUCAGGCCCUCCUGGUAGUCAUAGAAACGUGGAGGAGGUGCUCCCCGAGGACACACCCAAUUCAUCGCCGCCGGCCCGCCCACGGAAAGGGGGCACUCUAAAGCGAGGGACGAUGAGGGUUAUAAAGAACGAAGAGGAGGGAGCCACAUUCAUCAUCAGAGAGGAGGAACAAGAUGCGCUGAUAGUGGCAUGUGAGGAUGAUCGCUAUGUUGUGGUGGCCGGGACCUUUGAGAAGCUUGUGGAGCAGCUGGCAGGGGACGAGAAGCCAGACCAGCGCUUUGUGAGCACUCUGUUGAUUGGAUAUCGACACUUUGCCACUCCAGUGGAGCUCCUCACUGGACUACUCAGAAGAUUCCAUUUGGAGCUUCCCCCCAACGCCACUGAUGAGGAGAUAGUGUACGCUGAGAAGUGGAGAUACAUGAUACAACUCAGAGUUUUGGAUAUUUUGACGUACUGGAUAAAGAAAUGUUGGCCGGACUUCUACAGACACCAGGAGAUGCUGGAUCUGACCAAUCAGUUUAUAGGCGAUCUCAAGUCAGCCAAGGACCCAAACUUCAACCUAGCCGGUACUAACCUUGAGAAAACAGUGGCUGAAAAGUCUGAGGCCAGUCCUCGUAUCUACAAGCUUGGCACACCUGGCACACCAUGCACAUCCAGAACGCCUACACGCACACCCUCCACACCGACCACACCCACACGUACUCCCUCCACACCCACGUCACCGCAAGGAGGGACAGUACUUCCCACGCCCCCUUCCACACCUUCCACUCGCGGGGAAUCAAGUACCCCCUCCCCUCUUGUAGGUGGGAGGAGUCGCAGUCGUCAGCCAGUGGACAUCAGCACCCUCACAGCUAUACAACUAGCCAGACAGCUGACUUUAAUAGAGCUGGAGUUUCUGAAGCUCGUCACUACCCACGAGUUAGCCGUCUACACCUGGGAGCAAAACACGCCAGAGAAUAAACCGUACAGAAAAAAUUUGGACAACUUCAUAGCAAGAUUCAAUAAAGUGAGCUACUGGGUGGCGAGUGAGAUAUGUUCAGUGAAGGAUGCAAAGUCGAGAGCAGCUCUCAUUGAGAAGUUCAUUGAAAUAGCAAAGCAAUGUCAAGAGCAUAGGAACUUCAAUACGACCGUCUCCUUGGUAACGGGCCUCUCGCUGGCAGCUGUUAGGAGACUAAAAAAGAGUUGGGAGUUUGUAGGAGAAAAAUCAGUUAAAGCCUAUCAGAAGUUGACGUUAGUUACAUCACCCACGAGUAACCAUGGCAACUACAGGAAGUUGUUGUCGUCCGUACACAGAAGAGAAAGUGGUAUCCCCUACGGCUGCAUUCCUUAUUUCGGUGUGUUUGUUAGGGACCUCGUAUUCUUCAACGAUGGAAACGCUAAGAAACUAAAAAAUGGGCUCAUUAAUUUCUCUAAACUGCGGACAAUGGUGUUGAAGUUUGAGGAGCUGAAGAGAUAUCAAAGGUCCAAGUACUUCUUCCCACCCGAGGACAGAACAAGAGAUUUUUGUAAAAACCUCUGGAGCUUAUCCGAAUCAGAUUUGUACGAGGUCUCGUUGCAAGUAGAGCCAAGAGAAGCUCCUCCCAUUGAGACCGACGUAUAGAAACGACUAUCCAUUUUCAGCUUUUUACUUUAAUGACUCCUUACCAACUGUACCGUAAGUGUACACUGUGUGUGUGUGUGUGUGUGUGUGUGUGUGUGUGUGUGUGUGUGUGUGUGUGUGUGUGUGUGUGUGUGUACGUCAUUUCACUCUAUGUAAUAUCUUUUUUGUGCACCAUCAGCUAUUGUGUGUGUGUAUACAUGCGUGCAGUCAAUUUGUUUGCCAAAUAAUUAUUCGUUUGUUCAAA